AUGGUGGGGGUACCACACAGUACCGGCUGUGCUCUGUGUCGUGAAAGACACAUCAAGUGCGAUGAGGCGGUUCCUGAAUGUACUCAAUGCCAGCGAUAUGGUAAAUCCUGCCCUGGAUACCGUCGCACCUUCCGAUUUCAAGAUGAAGGGCCUAAUCUGGAGAGGCGACAUCGCUCGACGACGCGGAGGAAGCCCCGCCAGGUGUCCAGGGGACCAUCGACCUCGCGAACAGCUAAAUCGGCAUCAGCGCCAGCGUCUACGCAGGCCAAACCUGUCAAAAGACCCGAACAUUCGGAUGCUGCUAGCGCAGCAGAUAUAGUUCGGGAGAAUGCGAUCGCGUUAAUGCGACGUCACUCAACAGUCGCUCUGGACGAGAACUUAUCGCCGUCACUAGUGCGCAAGUCAUUUCAAGCGGCGCAACCACAAUUAUUCCUGGAUUUCAUCAGCGCAUCGUUUCCAACGCUUUAUUUCCACAAUCGCUUUCGCGCCGGCAGUGACCCGGGGUUUGCCGAAUUCAUCGUUAUGAACUUUGGCGCCGACGCCUAUCUUGAUUCUGCCAUCUGCUGCUUAAGUUCUGUGUACCUGGCGCAUCUAACACAGGACCCCGUUCUACUUCAAACGAGUCGACGACUGUAUGGACUGUCCUUGAGUGAGGUAGUUCGCGCCCUUUCAAAACCCCAACACGCCAUGUCGGAUAAUAUGCUCUGUACGGCGAUGAUGCUGAGUGUUUAUGAAAUGUACGCCCAGACCAGUCCCGAAGCUUGGGUCGUGCACUCGGACGCCGUCAGGCGGCUUAUGGUGAGUCGAGGCCCUCAAGCACAUCGAACUGGAUUUGGGCGAUCAUGUUGGAUCGCUUUCCGGGGGUUUCAUAUUGCUACAGCCGUGUACCAGGGUAAACCCUGCUUUCUCGAUGGCGAGGAGUGGCAAAGCUACUCCGAGUAUAUCAUGUCUGAAGACUGCCAGAAACCAGGCGAGUGGUCUGCCUAUGCAGUCAUCUCCGACAAGGUCUUUAUGGAGAUUGCACGGUGUCCACGAUACAUCAGCGAAAGUCGCGAGCUUCUAUCUAGCGAAACGGAGAGUCAGGAGGCUAUCGAGGCACUCAUUCAACGAAUCUCAGAUACCUCGAAUCGGCUGAAAACGCUAACUGCCGAGUUAAGCGCUUCUAUCAACGCUCACAGCCAACGUCAACAAGGCAUCAUUCGGCGGCCGGGGACCUUUGUUGGCCCUGUCCCUGAAAUCUUCCCCGAGACCGGUCCCUCGUUGCUCCUGCGUGGAUCAGAGAAUAUUCAAGCAACAUUACGCCAAAUAUCUACUCGUCUACAAGAUAGACUGCGAUUUCAACUUCUAGUAGGAGACUUCUCGCCAGAAUCGGCGGUCGAAUCUCCCCGGAGUGAUGGUAGCGUGGACUCGCUUCCUUCAAGUGCCUCUUCUGUGAUAUCCAGACUACCUUUUCGGAUUUACUCCGAGAUUGGCCGUGGGCCAUCGCACACUUCAGAUCGCAACGACCCUCGUGCUGUCAUCUGGCUGGAUCGCGUCGCUUCUUCUAUGGGAGUCUUGGGAACCAAAGUCAUUGCUGAUGAUCCCGUUAUUUGUCAUGAUGAGUCUCCACGAGAGGUUUCUGGUUCUCGGCAUUGA